AAUAAUAUUAUCGAUAUGCUGCUUAUAGCGACACGAUGGCAACAGAAUGUAAGUAAAGCACGACACUAGUAGAAUCCACUGAUUGGAAGAAAUAAUCCAUUCGACAUCGAUCGUCUGUUCGAAAUGGCGGGACAAGUUUUUCGCGGAGCCACUUGGUGGGAGUGGCUGGUGCACACAAACGAUAUCAAUGAGCUAUGGAAGGCUCAGCCCACGUACCUCAUCUCACAGGGGGUGUACAUGCUGGCUGGACUCAUCACAUUUAUCCAUGCCUUCAGGAAGGGCGGUCGCUGGCCGUGGUGGUGGCUAGCGACGGUGCUGCACGGGCUAUACGCCGACAACUUCUGGCACUUCGUGGUGCCGGAGUUCGACAACUUCUGGCACUCGCAGACCCCGCUCAUGCUGCUGGGUGCCCGCCAGCCGCUGCACAUCAUACUGUUGUACCCUGCGUUCCUGUACCACGCUGCCUACGCGGUCUCCCGGCUGAACCUGCCGUCGUACGCGGAGCCGUUCGCCGUGGGCCUCGCCACCGUGCUCGUGGACAUCCCGUACGACAUCGUGGCCGUCAAGUUCGUGCACUGGACCUGGCACGACACCGACCCGAAUAUCUUUGACCGACACUACUUCGUGCCAUGGAACUCGUACUACUUCCACGCCGCGUUCGCCGCCAGUCUGUUCUACUUCUUCACGGCCAUCCGCGCGUGGCUGGCGCCCAAGGUCGACAAGUGGGACUCUGCCGGCUUCAAGACGGAGGUGAAGGCGUUCCUAGCGGCAGUGGCGCUGGGCAUGCCGGGCGGCGUGCUGAUGUUCGUGCCGCUGUACCACCCGCUGCACGACCAGCACGGGCUGCACUCCGAGGUCACGUUCUUUGCCUUGUUCGCGCUGUUCGCCGCCGCCGUCGUGGUCGGCCUCGUGGCUGACAGGGAGAAGGUCAAGACUAGACUAUCAUCCAUCGACUACGUGCUAAUAGCCCAGCUGGCGUUGCACUACGUGAUCUACCUGUGGUUCGUGGUGAGCUGGUCGCCGGAGCGCGAGGUUUCCACCGGCCUGCAUGAGCCUGUUGGGCCCUGCGACCAGACCGCCUCGCUUGUCACGCCCUUCGGACAGACGCUGUACAAGCGCAAGUACUUCUGUGCCGAGAACUACGACGAGGCGUACUUCGACUUCCACUGCGUCGGCAACAGGCGGCCAGCUCAUGGGGCCACCUGGUACACCAUCUGUGGAACCCCCUUCCACAACCGCGUGGAGUACAUCACAGUGCUGUCGUCGAUCCUGGUCCUGGCCACGGGGGUGUUCUACGCCCUGUACUUCAAGACCGGGCCGGCCGCCGCGCCCGCGCCACAGAAGAAGCAGAAAACUAAGUGAAAAUACACCGCUGUGAUCGAUUAGUCUGAUCUUUCAACCUGAAAAAUUUAACCUCGGAAACGUCUGUCUUAACUUGGAAACGGCUGCCGUACUCAGAGACGUUAUUUAACGUAAUGUUCAUUAAAAUUUUAACUGCUCGUCUUUAUUUCUGUGGUGGGAAAUGGUCCAAGUUUAGGACAACAGUUCAAACCUUAAAGAGAUAUGCACAUAGAUUCAAUUGGAGAGAGUACUAGUAACACCCUUAUAGUGAAUAAAGUACGGUAGUUAGUAUCCAGCCUAGCCUAUCAUCAUCAAUUCUUAUCAUCCAACCAAGGUAGUUUGGAUACUAGGACAGAAGAUUCCGAAAUGGAAGAUCGGACUAACUCGCUUUGAUCUGGUCAAUAUAUUAUGUAUUUCACGGUUUAGAAGUUUAAUUCAGGGUGUUAUUUAUAAAUAAUUUAUUAAUAUAGAUUUGAUUAUUAUAA